AUGGAGCAAGUGGAGAUCCUGAGGAAAUUCAUCCAGAGGGUCCAGGCCAUGAAGAGUCCGGACCACAAUGGGGAGGACAACUUCGCUCGGGACUUCAUGCGAUUAAGAAGAUUGUCUACCAAAUACAGAACAGAAAAGAUUUAUCCCACAGCCACUGGAGAAAAAGAAGAAAAUGUUAAAAAGAACAGAUAUAAGGACAUACUGCCUUUUGAUCACAGCCGAGUUAAGUUGACUCUAAAGACUCCUUCUCAAGAUUCAGACUAUAUCAAUGCAAAUUUUAUUAAGGGUGUUUAUGGGCCAAAAGCAUACGUGGCAACCCAAGGUCCUUUAGCAAAUACAGUAAUAGAUUUUUGGAGGAUGAUAUGGGAGUACAAUGUUGUAAUCAUUGUAAUGGCCUGUCGAGAAUUUGAGAUGGGAAGGAAAAAAUGUGAGCGCUAUUGGCCUUUGUAUGACGAAGACCCUAUAACAUUUGCACCAUUUAAAAUUUCUUGCGAAGCUGAACAAGCAAGACCAGACUACUUCAUUAGGACACUCUUACUUGAAUUCCAGAAUGAAUCUCGGAGGCUAUAUCAAUUUCAUUAUGUGAACUGGCCAGACCAUGAUGUUCCUUCAUCAUUUGAUUCUAUUCUGGAUAUGAUAAGCUUAAUGAGGAAAUACCAAGAACAUGAAGAUGUGCCUAUUUGUAUCCAUUGCAGUGCAGGCUGUGGAAGAACAGGUGCCAUUUGUGCUAUAGAUUAUACGUGGAAUUUAUUAAAAGCUGGGAAAAUACCAGAGGAGUUUAAUGUAUUUAAUUUAAUACAAGAAAUGAGAACACAGAGGCAUUCUGCAGUACAAACUAAGGAGCAGUAUGAGCUUGUUCAUAGAGCUAUUGCCCAAUUGUUUGAAAAACAGCUACAACAGUAUGAAAUUCAUGGAGUCCAAAAAAUUGCUGAUGGAGUGAAUGUAAUUAAUACUGAAAAUCUAGUCAGCUCCAUAGAUUCUGACAAACAAGAUUCUCCCCCUCCAAAACCACCAAGGACUCGCAGUUGCCUCGUAGAAGGGGAUGCUAAGGAAGAAAUACUGCAGCCACCAGAGCCUCACCCAGUGCCACCCAUUUUGACCCCUUCUCCCCCUUCAGCUUUUCCAACAGUCACUACUGUGUGGCAGGACAAUGACAGAUACCACCCGAAGCCCGUGCUGCACGUGGUUUCAUCAGAACAACAUUCAACAGACCUCAACAGAAAUUAUAGUAAAUCAGCAGAACUUCCAGCGAAAAAUGAACCAAUUGAACAAAUAGAUAAAAAAUUGGAGCGAAAUUUAAGUUUUGAAAUUAAGAAGGUCCCUCUCCAAGAGGGGCCAAAAAGUUUUGAUGGGAACACACUCUUGAAUAGGGGACAUGCAAUUAAAAUUAAAUCAGCUUCACCUUGUAUAGUUGAUAAAAUCUCUAAGUCGCAGGAAUUGAGUUCAGGGGAUCCGAAAGUUGAUGAUAUUUCUCAGAAUUCUUGUGUGGACUGCAGUGGAACACUGUCAAAUAAAGCGCCAGUUAUUCCACCAGAAGAAUUACAGAAGAAUUCAGACAUACCUCCAAGGCCAGACCGCUUGCCUCUUGAUGAAGAAGGACAUGUAACAUGGUCAUGUCAUGGACCUGAAAAUACCUUGCCCAAGCCUGAUUCAUCUGAAGCAAUAUCCUCAGAUACCCACUGUCAAUCAAUGAAAACCGUGAGUGUAACACCCAGCCCCACAAAACAAGGCGAAACCCAUGAUCUUGUGGAUCAUCAUAGCAGUUCCCCUCUAUUCAGAGCACCCCUCAGUUUUACUAAUCCUCUUCACUCGGAUGACUCGGACUCAGAUGAAAGGAACUGUGACAGUGCUGUGUCCAAGAAUAAAACUAAUAUUUCAACAGCAAGUGCCACAGUUUCUGCUUCCACUAGUACUGAAAGUAUAUCUACAAGGAAAGUAUUGCCAAUGUCCAUUGCUAGGCAUGAUAUAGCAGGAACAAUACAUUCAGGUGCUGAAAAAGAUGUUGAUGUUAGUGAAGAUUUACCUCCUCCUCUCCCUGAAAGGACUCCUGAAUCUUUUGUAUUAGCAAGUGAACAUAAUACACCUGUAAGAUCUGAAUGGAGUGAACUUCCAAGUCAGGAAGAAUCUGAACAAAAAAAAUCUGAAGGCUUGAUAACCCCUGGAAGUGAAAAAUGUGCAGGAGGUAUUCACUCAGAGACUUGUACAGAAUGUCCACCUACUUCGAGUAACAAGAAAGAUCCAAUACCAGAAAGUCCAACAAAAACCACAGAUAUUGGUUUUGGUAAUCGCUGUGGAAAACCCAAAGGACCAAGAGGUCCACCUUCAGAAUGGACAUGA